GCAUGGAUAUUGACGAAGCUGGAGCGUUGAAGGCAUGGAUAUUGACGAAGCUGGAGCGUUGAAUGGGAACUCCAAUGGUGACAUGGCUCAAACUCAUAAUGGUGACGUGGGGAUGGUGGGAGCCGAGCCGGGUGUUACAACGCCGGGGCAACCGCAUCCGCGGAUGGAACCCGAGGAAGAAGACGGCAAAGGGAAUAGAUCUCCACCUCAAGCCGCUACGAAUUACUGGAUUGAAGAGGAGCGAGUUCGCGAAAUGCUGGCGAAAUGCUACGAUGCAGGGAUUCUGCUGACUGGAUGGGAUAUAGGAGAAUUGAGCAAGGAAGGCUCAAAGGCUUGCUUUGUGCUAAACCGUUCCUUGGACGAAAUCAAGGUUAGAUGGCUGAAAGAGUGCACAGUAACAGUCAUCUUCUUGGAGGGCUCUAAGAACCUGCCAAAGAAGAUGAAAGAGGAUGUUAUAAGAGCCUUUGAAGACAUUUGGCUGGCAGAGCAGCGCUUUGAUUCCUCCAUAACUCGGGGAAGGGUUUGCAACGUGCUGUCAUAUGUGGCGAAGGACAAGAGGGUGGCGGAAUGGAUGCUAGAAGAGGAGUUCAGCGUGGCGUUGAAAAGACGGUGGUACAACAUAGCUUUCAAGCCGUGGCUGACCAAGGUGGAAAUCGAGGAGGCAAAGAAGGAAGUUGAUAGGACCUAUUUUUGGAUCCGGUUCAUUGACGUUCCUAUUGACGCCUUUUGCUAUUUGGAAUCAGCAGCUGAAGCGUCUAUUGGACCAGUAAUCAAAGUCUAUCCACCAGAGUCAAAUGCGCGUACCCCUAGACUAAUUAAUGUCAGAAUGGACAUAGCGAUUGAGAGCAUAGCAAGAUUGAAGGAGAUGCUGGAGUUUACGACGUUUCAGGGUCAAGUGAUAAAGCUGCAGGUGGCAAAUGCGUCAACGCAGUGGUGCAGUAAUUGCCGAAGAUAUUUCCAUCUAGCUGACCAGUGCCCGCGAGCAAGACGAAGGAGAUCAGGCAGUCCAGCGGUCGUCCUACCAGCAGAGUGCCCUCCCGCGCGAACUCCAGCAACGGAAGAUCUCAAUCUCACUCCAAAUCUCAGUCUCCACAUACACGUGACAGAUCGGGCGCGUCAUCCGGCAAUGAGGGAGGCAGGACGUCUGCAGCGGAUUCACAGGCUAGAAGGAGGAACCAUCCCACGUACAAAGGAAAGAUCGGCCCAAGGGGCUCGAGUCCUGCCCAGGAUGGAGAGGGAAUGGGGAUUGGCGAGGAAGGAAGAUCCCAUCCCAAGCGAAUGGAAGGCCCUCUUGGCUCCUGAAGGACUGGAUCCUCCAGGUACAUGGUACGUAGGUCCUCUUCCAAAUGGUACUCAAUCUUUCUGGAAACUACUACAUUACACGCAGGACGGUAUCAGAGUAUUUGAGAACUGGGUCCAGAACCCGUCUGCUGGGGAGCUCAGUCACAUAAGCCAGGACAACUGUCAACCUCCACCGGGAGCAGUCCUGGAUCAAGUCAGAAUGGAGGAGAUUUGGGAUGAGGAGGAGCAUCAUGUUGUGAAGAGGAUCUCCAAUCAGACGUUAAGGUCCUGUAAACUGGAUCCAGGAGGUUGGGGAUGGAGGGGUAGAGGAAGAAAGGGCUCAGGGAAGAUGAAUGCUGCUGCUGUGGGAGAUCUCGGUGAUUCGUCUGAUGAUUACCAUAGCGCUGCUUCUGCAUCGGUGGGCGCUUCCUCUAGAAGCACAAGGACGGAGGCGGCGGACUCAGAAGCGAACGUAGACAAUAAGCGAACGGAUAACCGCGGAGACAUUCCCGAGUCCUUGGCGUCAGUGGUGAGAGUGGUGAAUCUGCCGGUGACAAGCACCGGUAGACAGUUGGUCAUGAUCGGUGGUGGUGGGGAUGACGACUUCAGUGAUUCGAGGAACGAAGGGCGAAUCUGUAUUGUUGGCGACAGGGCAGAUGUUGACGAACAGACCUCGGGAGAGGAUGCACAAUGGUCCUCCAUUUCGCUAACAAAGUCGACGUCUUCAUCGUCGUACAUUGCAUCCUCUCUGCCGAUGUCCGAGGUGAGGUAUGUCUGCCACGACACGGAUGAGUGCAGCAAAGAUGUGACUUCCAAGCCUCUGGCAGAGGUGCUCACCCACCAGACGGAAAUCUGCGAGCUGUCGAAGGUGUGUGUGUGCGAUUCCCUGGAGGCAUUGUCUUCCCCAACCAAAGGGCUGGUAUCCUGUCCUCACCUGAGGUCGACCGCGUCCAUAUUCCUGCCGCAGCGUGAGGUCUCAGGGAUGUGCGAUGACUCCGCCUCCUCGCAGACUCCCCUGGUGGAGACAAUGGACUCUGCAGAUGUCCAUGCGUUCACAGAAGCAGAAGUAUGUGAUUCUCUUGAGGCAUCAUCUGUGCCCCGUAUGAACCAGCCCGCAUCAUCAUCUUGCGUUGUCUUUCCCUUAGUGUCUCACCUGCUCGCGUUCUCUCCGCCUGCGCCUCUGGUGUCGAGUUCAAUCUCAUCUGGUGGCAUCGUGCCCAGGCCUGGAUCUCGGUCACCGUCGUCGUCAAUGUCAUCAUCCGUGUCGUCAUCGUCAUCGUCAUCAUCGUCUUUUUGGGAGUCACAGACAUGGUCCCUUUCAAACUCCCGACUCCCGGGGUUGUUGAAUCGGAAACCUCCUGUCUUGGUUUCGCUCAAGGAGCUCUCUCUUUCGCCUCCAUCAUGCGGAGCCCGUCUCCGGCGGCAGCUUGAAGCUGGGGGAAACAUGAUAUUGCAGUCCAGAGUGAGUUUCUCCUCGUCCGAUCUGCACACAUCAACCUCAUCCUCCUCGUCUUCGGUGUCCGUGCCUCAGUCCCCGGUGUCUCCCCUUUCUUUUGCAUUUGACUUCAUGCCACAAGGCGACGACUGUGCAUCGCCCAGGAGUAUGCCCAAAGACGACAGGGCACCGGCAUCGGCUCAUAGAGGGGUGGAGGACAGGUUAUCCAAUGGGUUUGGGAGUUGGGACAUCAGCGGCGUUGCCGAUUUUGGGGAGGAGCAGGAACAAGCAGCAUCUGAACCUUUUCAGGAUGAUGAUCAUCGGAGCGCAGGAGGGUCGACCUCUGAUGGAAGAGAGGGACACGCAUCGGAUGCCGAGGUGAGCAGCGACAGCGAUGCACAUUCUGAGGCGUCUUUCACUGGGUGGGCAAACCGCAGCACUCGGGAUGGUGCAGAAGAAGAGGUUGCCGACAACAACGAUUGCAGUCCAGCGGGAAGUUUGCGUGCGGCGCAGUGUAUGGAGCUCGAUGAAUGGUACACUCUGUCGCUGAGUCCUGACGCCGGAGUACGUUCCCCGGCCUUGGAUUGUCGGAGGAGGAUCUACCCAGCGUGUAGGAGGCUGGGUACCCCCACAAGGUUGCCAGAUGCCGCCGGCCAUGGUGCGGGAAGCCUACCCAACGGUGACUGGAUUUGCUCCUCCAUUGUCUUAAGCCCUUUGAGGUGUUCUAGCGAAUUGGAGUCAGAGAAGUCGACGCCUGGCUUUAAGUGUGGGGCACACAGACAAGCGGCCUGUUCUAUAGCCAGAGCCGUGGUUGAUACGGGAAAGAAGAGGGACUGCCCCGAAGGACAGGGGGAGACUUGUAGAGCCGGUCCUUUUGGCCGAUUUGGAUUCGUGUCUUUGGCAGAGACGAUCCAGAAAUCUGGCAAAGGGAUGGAAGAAGAAGAAGUUUCAAGCAUGGAGAAGCCGUAUGACAGCGAGGACAUGUUUGAGAUUGGACUCGUGGAGAGAGGAGAGGUUGUCGAUCAGGCCUGUAGCUGUGCCUAUCGCUAUGGAGAAACCGUUAAGAAUACCGAGACAAAACGUGCAGGCGAAAAUGCUCUUGUGUGGAAACAUGAACCUCAGGAAGUCACACACAGUCCGGAAGUCAGGAGAGAGAAGAGAUCGAGGUCCUCGUCGUCAUCUGGUUACUGCUCCCUGUCCUGUUUUACAUCCUUGUCUAAUCAGAUGGUUGUUUAUCAGGUUAAAGGUCAGACGAGAGAAGGAGAUAGAAGUACUUGUGCUUCCUGGGAUGGAGAUGACGAGGCAUCGUGUGAGGAUCUCGGAUAUAGCCUCAAGGGGACUUCAGAGGACAGUGCGAAACAGCCUGCUGAAGGGCAUGGUCUUGAAGGUGCUGUCUCCGAGGAGCCUCCUCCCACAGGAGGAGGGGAGGAUGAACAUGUGGGAAACACAGUCCUUGAAAAGGAUGACGCAAAAUGUAAAGAGAAGACAGAGAACAGCAUGCUAUUCAGGGUCUUAUCACCUUCAGCAGCCAGUUGUUUGGACGCGGCAGCUUGCUUGAUUGACGGAGCCUGCAGCAACGGUAAGAAAUCCGGUGGCCGUGUACAUCACCAUAGCAUGUAUUCCUCCAAUGGGAUCGGGGAUAUGGUUUUGGGAAAGGGGGUAUGUCUCCCCAAGUCUGGCCUGUGCAUCCCGAGUGUAGCAGGGGAUGGCUCACUGCAUGUGGAAGGUGAUGAAACGGCGAGCAGCUGUGAGAUGGAGGGGGGAUCUUGGGGGGCCGUUCGCCCGGUAUGGCGUAUGAAGGAGAACCAGAGAUAUGUAAGCAGUUCAUGGGAUUUGGAGUCUGUCUCAGAUGAGGAGGAAGUUGAUGUCGAGGAAGCGAGAGAGGGGGAUGGAGGGUGCGACGAGGGUGAAGUCAGAGCGUUAAGCAGAUUAUCAGGAGGUUUCGAUACCAAACCCAACAAGCGCGUAGACAAGGGGGAACACUGUGGUGUGAGUCGGUACAGCCGGGAGUUCAUUUUCUUUUCCAACCCAGUUUAUGUGAUUGAAGAUCAAGUCAUUGGGGAGCUCGACGAAGAUGACAGGGAUGGCAGUGCAUGUCUUUCUUGCAGCAUGGACUCGACUUGCAGCGUUGCCAGGAGCAGAGUUGAAGUGAUGGAUGCCCGUGAAGAAGUGGCCGGUAGCAUCGAGGGGCCGAUCACGGACGGCGAGACAGCGCGCAUGGCAUUCGUAAGCUCUUUAACAACCUGCCAUCUGGGAGAGGGCGUGGGAGGUGCGGCGGACAACUGGGGCACGCAAACAGAUGGGAAAGGAAAUGGGGGCGGCAAUGACAAGCAGGGUUUGGACGAGUCGGAGUUGGAGGAAAGAGGAGACAGAAGUUGGGAAGGAGAGAAGGAAGAGGAGAGUGUUCUCUCGCUUGGUGUGACCACCUUCACUGCCGACAAGCAGUCUGUUGCGUCACCAUCUUGCAGCGCCGAGGUGUCUUCGACAGCCUCCUCCACCAGCUUCAGCUUCCAUGUCAGUGUCCGAAGUCCUGCUGAGAGCGUGGACUCGGCUCACUCUUCCGAUUUUGGUAAUGCUGUUGUUGAGAAUGGCAACUUGGGUGGAUUGCGCAACUCGGAAGAGGGAACGGAAUCCGCGGAUGCGAAGUGGGUUGCAUACGACAAUGGCCUGUUCCUUGCGAAACGGGAGGAUAUGGGUGACAGCGGGGGUUCUGGUGGAACAUCCGGUGCCAAUUGCGAGGUUGAAAGAGCCGCAGACGAGGCCGAGCAGAGAUCUGCAGGUGGUCAUGACAAUCGACAAAGGCGACCCCCCUGUGGAGCCGGGGCGCUCAGGCUGGGCUUGAAUGGGAGGUGGGAAAGAGUGGAGGACCUCCCGACGGGUGAAGAAGAUGAACUGGACUGCUGGAGACUGAUGCAGUGGAAUGAUUUGGAGGCUUCGAACUCAGUCGAAGGUGGGGUCCAUGCAAGUGCGCCGUAUGCUGAAAACCGUAAGCUCGUUGCCGAUGCUGUGGAUGCCAAACCCUCAGCUCGAGAAGCAAGGGGAGCAUGGUUGUAUGACGAUCCUUGGAAGCAGCAGCAGCAGCAGCACCAGCAGCGUUUUACGUUGACGUCGGCAGAGGAUCAUUGUGCCGAUGACGAUGUUGUGGAGAUGGGUGAGGGAAGCCUCUGGGAGGACGAAGCUGAUGAAGCCGAUAUGGAUGCUGGAUCCAGGAGCAGCGAGGUCCCACAGACUUAUGUUGAGAGUUGCAUCCCUUGUGCUGGAGGGGAGUCACCUGUGCGUGUUGCCGGACGGCAGAGGAAGGAUCAGCACAUGACUUGGUGGAAGAACAAUAGCUGUGCUGCAGCAGCAGCCGAAGCGGAGGCGCGAUUAGGAACUCGUCACAGCCUGACCCGGGGUGGAGACGCCUAUGGGACGAGGUGGGGUGGCUUGUCAAUGGGCAGAAGAUGGACAGCGCCGUUCUGUGACACGCUGGUUGGGGGCAUAAACCCAUUGUUCAGGGCAAAAUGUGAAGGAGAAGUCGAUUGGCAUUAGUACGAAUAGAUGCAGCGCAACCUUCUUGUCCUUCUUGUCCUUCUUGUAGCUGUCCCAAGAUGUGAACCGCUGGGAAGCCAGACAUGUCAAUUAUUCUCAUUGUUGUAUUGAGAGAUGACAGGCUGGGUUUCCUUGCGAGGUAUUUUAUAGUUGAGA